GACGCCGAUUGGUUUCGGUCCGCUGGGUGUUUUGAGCAUAGUGCACACUGUGUGACUCUAUCCUCUACCUUUUCUCACCACAUACUUUCCAUCUUUCCCCAAGGACAUCUCGCAAACACAACCGAUAACAAAAUGGCAGCACGAACUGCAAAAAUCGAGCGAAAAACGAACGAGACUCAAAUCGAGGUCUUUAUCAACUUGGACUGUCAACCAGGCUCAGGAAAUGCUCAAGAGAUCUCUAUCUCGACUGGCAUUGGCUUUCUAGACCACAUGUACCAUGCACUAGCUAAACACUCUGGAAUGUCACUCACUCUAAAGUGCCAAGGCGAUCUCUGGAUAGAUGACCACCACACUGCAGAGGACAGCGCUAUAGCACUCGGCGCCGCAUUCAAACAAGCAUUGGGUGAAGUACGAGGUAUCCGACGGUAUGGUACGGGCUUCGCCCCUCUCGACGAGGCGUUAUCUCGUGCAGUCAUAGACAUUUGCUCUCGCCCGUAUUGUGUCACCGAUCUCGGAAUCAAACGCGAAAAGAUUGGGGACCUUUCUACUGAGAUGUUCCCUCACAUAUUUUACUCGUUUGCCAUGGCUUCUGGCGUGACAUUACACGUUGAUGUCCUUCGUGGUGAAAAUGACCAUCAUAGGGCGGAGUCCGCCUUCAAAGCUCUUGCGUUGGCAAUUCGUCAGGCCAUCGAGAGAACUGGAGGGACUGACAUUCCUAGUACGAAAGGUGUAUUGUGAUAGCUUCGACGGUCAAGAAACCGUUAGCAAAACUCUCAUUGCUAUGUCCAUAUAUCCUUUUUGCUCAUGUACAGAAUAAGUAGAUUGCGAUGGGAACUGUGGAAUGCAUGUCGAUUACAAAGGAUGAGUGAGUAUCUAUCAAAUACACUAGCAGACAGAGAGGAAAUACAGAGAAAAAUCCAAGUACACACUACAUGAACGC